AUGGCGCACAAGUAUGACCUCCUAUUAGUAGAAACCAAAACAGACGGGAAAAAGAGACUUAAACCAUGGUAUAAAGAAAGAUUAGAGACAAAGUAUAUAAAGCCAAGAAAGCUCAGAGGAAAUUCAGAAACGCUGAUCGGCACGUCUUGGACGUUUUUAGAGAAGGGAAGCGAUGACUUUAGGGAUGGUCUUCCCCCUGAAGCUAAUUAUAAUUAUAUUAAGAAGACUAAUACUGGGUUAGGACCAAACAUAACUGGAUCUGAUGAAACAAUAAAUGAAUAUAUGAAGGACAGAGUGAGAUUUACAAAGAAUGAAGCCUGUUUUUCAAGGUCACUUCCCCUUCAACAACAAAGAAGAGGUAGGGUGGAGGACAUCGAGUUUAACUUGACACAGCAUCCUUUGGCUCUUUUUCCUCAUUUAGAAGAGUCUUUACCUCCUGAUGUGUUUGAAGAUGUUGUUGAGAUUCUAGAUCCAGAGAUGAACAUUGACAGUGAAACUGGAGAUGAAGAGAUGCAGGAAAGUGAUGAGGAUUCUGAGGAAGCCAAAGGAGCUGGAGAUCAAGAUGAACUGCAGUCUGUGAAGAGUGGAGGGUCUGGGAAAGUAAGCAACUCUGAGUCUGAGAAGGAUCAGUCCAAACUCACAUACAAAUGGCUCCCUAAACAAGAAGAUGUACAAAAAGAAGAGAGCAAAAGAGCCAGUAGGCGCAAGGCAGAGUCUCCAACAUCGGAUGCAAGGAUACAAGAAGUAACAAAGGAAUUUUGUGAAUGGGUGGCUGGCUUGGGUGGUCAAAGCAACAAUAUAGAAGAGUCAACAGUGAUGAGUUUAUUUGCCAGUGGAUAUGAAACAAAGCCAGCACUGUCAGUGCCUAUCCAUGUUGUUGAACUGACAAAUGUUCCACCUGAGUUAAGAAUGAACACUGGAUCUCCAUUACCAAAGCCAAGUGAAACAAGACAAGUGCCAGAAACUGAAAAGGAAAAGGCCAAAACCAAGUACACUCCAAGCUGGGUGAAGGUUAAAUAUGGAGCAUGGUACCUGAGCCCCUCAACAUGGAAAGCUCGUGUCAGUGGCGAACCAUUACAAGAUCCAAAAGCACAGCAGGACAAAACACUGUCUGAGUCCAAGAAGAAAAGCCAGAAGUUGGAUAAUGUGCUUUCCACCAUGCAUGGAGCUAAAGCAUUCAAAGAUUUUAUAGACAAAAAGAACACUAGAGUACCCGAAUUUCUUGAAGUGGUAGCUGAACACCAAGAACCCAACAAAACUGACUCAGAGGAAACAACACAAGAUGGUAGAAAGAAAUCACGUGCUGUUAGCAUUGCCAAAUCACAAUUUGGUUCAAAUGAAUAUGUAUAUUGAGUGGGUAGGUUUUUUAAUAAUGUCAGAGGACCUAGUAGAUCUGAAUUUACAAGUUGGAAGUAAGGUCAACAUAAGUGCAAUCAUACAAGUCUCUACAGUUUCUCUUUAAAAUCAAUUUAUUCUUUUCAAGAAACACCUCAAAUGGAACAAAUGUAAAUACAUUAUCUUUGUAAAUACUUUAUA